UUCUGGGUAACAUUCAAUAAAACCAGAGAAUGUCGAAUAAAUUUCAACUGGCCCAACACGUGGUUCCGGUAUUCUGGAGAAUUCUGUUGCCGGCACAUUUACAUCAGUUGACCUUGGUAGUUUUCUGUUGCAUAAACGGACGAAGUAUUGUCAAGUAAAACAGAUUUAACUGGACUAGUCAGUUUAGUUGCUACUAUCUAAAUACAAUGGCACGUGCUUUCAAAAAAUUUAUACCCAUGUUUGACAGAGUUCUGGUAGAGAGAUUUGCUCCAGAAUUGAAGACAAAAAGUGGCCUUAUGAUUCCAGAAAAAGCCCAGGGAAAAAUUCAACAUGCUACUGUAUUAGCAGUUGGCAGUGGAUCCAAAACAAAUAAGGGAGAAACAUUACCAAUGAAUGUACAAGUAGGAGACAAAGUUUUAUUACCUGAAUAUGGUGGAACAAAAAUUGUGUUAGAAGAUGAGGAUUACUUCUUAUUUCAAGAAAAAGAUAUCAUUGGAAAGUUCGAAUCUUGAAAGUCCAAACCAAAUGUCCUUAAUUUAGACUGUCAGGAACAGAAUAAACAAUGACAGAACAUAUAUGUACCAAUAGCCAAAUAUAUGAGUUGUGAUUAUUAACAAGUACCAGUGUACUCAAGUGUUCAAGGCUCAUUCAUUCAAUGAAUUAGUCGCAAGCAUUUUUUUUUAAGUCGUGCAGAAAACCUUUUUGUAAUUACUUGAUGACUGUUUUUUAUGCAUUUUGUAUUAGUUAUGAUGGAGUUAUAGAAAUCAAUAUUUAACAGUUCUUUGGAAUCACAAAAAAUAUUAUUUCACAAAUGAAAAUAAUUUGAAAUAAAAAGUGUGGUAUAUUUCUUUUGAUUUAGGGAAAAAAAUAUUUUGUGUUAUUGUUAAUUCUAAUCCAGAAUUAAAUAUAAAACAUAAUUUUUCAAUUACUUUUAAGCUGUUGCCUGUUGGCGUUUUAUUCUAAAGCAAUCAAAAUAUGAGAACAUGCGAAAUGUUAGUUGCAUCUAAAUUGUUGUUAUAUCAUCUUUAUUUUUCAUAUACAUGGAAUACAUGUAGUGUGUGUGUGUGAAUGUAUAAAAGUUUAUUAUGUAUCAGAAAUAGUUAGAUUUAUUAUAUGAAUUCUUUUUUGUGAUGUUUUUUUAGCUGUUUUAAUUCAACUGAUAAAUAAAUGUUUGACACAGUA